CUUGAACGGGUCACCGGUGUCUUUAAAGAUAAUAGGAUACACACACAGUUACGCCACACGCAUUAUAGAAGUAUCUAAUCGCUUCUCAAAGGUGGAGACUGGAGCGAAGGAGAAAAAUGGCUUCUAAGCAAGCAGGUGCAGACACCAAGAAUCCGGCUUUGGAUCCCGAUCUGGAUUGCCCCGACCAACCUGGACUCGAGUUCGCUCAGUUCGGAGCCGGGUGCUUCUGGGGAGUGGAACUGGCGUUCCAGAGGGUGCAAGGGGUGACCAAGACUGAGGUGGGUUACUCUCAGGGUCGAGUGCCCGAUCCGAAUUACAGACGGGUCUGCACCGGAACCACCAAUCACGCCGAGGUUGUCCGGGUCCAGUUCGACCCGUCUGUGUGCCCAUACACCAACCUCCUCUCUGUUUUCUGGGGCCGCCACGAUCCCACCACUGUUAAUCGCCAGGGUGGUGAUGUGGGCACUCAGUACCGCUCAGGGAUAUACUACUACAGUGAGGCCCAAAGACAGCUAGCACGUGAGUCAAUGGAAACUAAGCAGAUGGAGCUCAAAGACAGUAAGAUUGUGACGGAAAUUCUUCCAGCAAAGAGAUUUUAUAGAGCAGAGGAGUACCAUCAGCAGUAUUUGGAAAAGGGUGGUGGUUGCAGCUCGAAACAAUCUGCUGCUAAGGGCUGUAACGAUCCCAUCAGAUGCUAUGGCUGACAAAAUAUGUAUGCUUAAACAUUCCCUAAUUGAAUUUUGUUUGUUACAUGGUAUGUUGAUCAUACCAGUCUCAACUAUCUCAUUCCUCUUAUUGUGCACUGGGCACAAUAUCUUGGCCAGAAUACAUAAAUAAUUCCUUAUUUAUUUUGUGUUUAUGGUUGGGAUAAUUAUUGCCGUCUUAGAAGAAUGUAAUAAUCAUUUUCUCGUUACAA